AUGCUGGAGAAAGCAGGAAACAUGUCAAAACUGAUUCAUGCAUUUGUGUGUAAUGGACAUAGGCAGCAGCAUCGCGAAUAUUCCGAGCCCGCCAAACAGCACCAAACAUGUCGGACAGGCCAAGUAUCGGAAAUUAGUGAGGAGGAUGGAUCCUUAUCAUGCUCAUGGAAUAGUUUCGAUUCACCAGAACCAUCGGAUUCAUACAUCGAUGAAAUUAUUGGGGAAAAUGCAAGACAUUUGAGAAAGGGAAGAAAAGGGCACCUCAACAUGCUCAAGGUCAAGCAGACUGCUGCGCAUGAUGGAUAUCCCCAUGACAAUUCACAAAAGCUUGAAUGGAAACUGAAAUCUGAUGGUGGAAACCAAACGUUGAAACCUUCAUCAGAUGGAAACAAAGAAAUGACUGAACAUAUAUGCCAGUACGUCGUAGGCAUCUAUCUAGCUUGCUGAGCAUUUGUUAGAGGUGCAAUACACAUAUACUUUCAAUCCAUACAAGACGAAGAAACGCCGAUUGGAAAAGCUGAUUCUAUUAAAGCAAAGAAUGGUGAUGUACCAAAGAAAGUGGCGUUCUGAUGAAUGUUAAAAAGUAUUCGAAGAACUAGACACCAAAAGUGUCACUCACAAAUCAAAGCUGUCUAAAAGGCAGAGCAUCAGAAGAAUUAGGAUAAAUAAGGAAUCCAAAAGAGACAAACCUGAUGAUGUAGCGAUUGAACAGAAAUGGGCUAUUAGAGAUCAAAUAUCUGAGUUGCUACUGUUUUGCAUAAUUGUGUUGCUUUUUUUACUUAACUUGAAUUGACACAUUCAAAUGUUAUAUAAGAAAAAUAUACCUAGUGUUGUAUUUUUGACAGUUAAAGUGUUUUCUGAUGCUUGAUUACAGAUUAAAACUCGGUCAUAUUUUUUAUUGUUUGAAGAUCGAUUCGCUUAUUUUGUAUAGUACACAUGCA